GCUGCGGGAUGCUCGCGCUGUACGGAGAGCCGAACGGAGCGCACCGGUUCGCGCACGCCCGAGCCCCAGACUCUUCGGAACUGAGCGAGCUUGCCUGGCCCUCCAAGUCCCAUCCUUGCCAUGGCUCCUGGAGAGAAGAUCAAAGCCAAAAUCAAGAAGAAUCUGCCCGUCAAGGGGCCCCAGGCGCCUACUAUCAAAGAGCUGAUGCGGUGGUACUGCCUCAACACCAACACCCAUGGCUGCCGCCGCAUCGUGGUGUCCCGCGGCCGCCUGCGCCGCCUGCUCUGGGUCCUCUUCACCCUGACGGCCGUGGCCCUCAUUUUCUGGCAGUGCGCACUCCUCAUCUCCUCCUUCUACACCGUCUCUGUCUCCAUCAAGGUCCACUUCCAGAAGCUGGAUUUCCCUGCCGUCACCAUCUGCAACAUCAACCCUUACAAGUACAGUGCAGUGCGGGACCUUCUAGCCGACUUGGAACAGGAGACCAGAAUGGCCUUGAAGAACCUGUACGGCUUUCCAGAGAAUAAGUCUCGAAAACGCCGAGAGGCAGAGUCUCGGGCCUCAGCUUGGGAGGGCACACAGCCCAAAUUCCUCAAACUGGUCCCACUGCUGGCUUUCAGUCAGGAUGACACCAGCAAGGCCAGGGACUUCCUCACAGGGCGGAAGCGGAAAGUCAGUGGGAGCAUCAUUCACAAGGCAUCAGGUGUCAUGCAUGUCCACGCGUCCAAGGAGGUGGUGGGAUUCCGACUGUGUUCAAAUGACACGUCCAAAUGUGCCGUCUACACCUUCAGCUCGGGGGUCAAUGCCAUCCAGGAGUGGUAUAAGCUGCACUACAUGAACAUCAUGGCACAGGUCCCUCUGGAGAAGAAAAUCAACAUGAGCUACUCUGCUGAGGAACUGCUGGUCACCUGCUUCUUUGACGGCAUGUCCUGCGAUGCCAGAAACUUCACACUUUUCCACCAUCCAAUGUAUGGGAAUUGCUACACGUUCAACAACCGAGAAAAUGAGACUAUCCUCAGCACCUCCAUGGGGGGCAGUGAAUACGGGCUGCAGGUGAUCUUGUACAUCAACGAAGAGGAAUACAAUCCCUUCCUGGUGUCCUCCACCGGGGCUAAGGUGAUUGUGCAUCGGCAGGAUGAGUACCCCUUCAUUGAGGACGUGGGGACGGAGAUCGAGACAGCAAUGGCCACCUCCAUCGGUAUGCAUCUGACAGAGUCCUUCAAGCUGAGCGAACCCUACAGCCAGUGCACGGAGGAUGGAAGUGACGUGCCAAUCAGUAAUAUCUACAAUGCUGCAUACUCCCUUCAGAUCUGCCUUCACUCGUGCUUCCAGACAAAGAUGGUGGAGAAAUGUGGGUGCGCCCAGUAUAGCCAGCCACGCCCUCCAGCAGCCAACUACUGCAACUACCAGCAGCACCCCAACUGGAUGUAUUGCUACUAUGAGCUGCACCAGGCCUUUGUCCGGGAAGAACUGGGCUGCCAGUCAGUGUGCCGGGAAGCCUGCAGCUUUAAGGAGUGGACACUGACCACCAGUCUGGCACAGUGGCCAUCCACGGUUUCCGAGAAAUGGUUGCUUCCCGUUCUCACUUGGGACCAAGGCCAGCAAAUAAAGAAAAAACUCAACAAGACAGACUUGGCCAAACUCUUGAUAUUCUACAAAGACCUGAAUCAGAGAUCUAUCGUGGAGAGCCCCGCCAACAGCAUCGAGAUGCUUCUGUCCAACUUUGGUGGCCAGUUGGGCCUGUGGAUGAGCUGCUCCGUUGUCUGUGUCAUUGAGAUCAUUGAGGUCUUCUUCAUUGACUCCUUUUCGAUCAUUGCCCGCCACCAAUGGCAGAAAGCCAAGGAAUGGUGGGCCCGGAGGCAUGUUCCCCCUGGCCCUCAGGGCCUGGACAACCCAGGCCUCGAUAUAGACGAUGAUCUGCCCACUUUCACCUCCGCACUGCGCCUGCCUCCAGCUCCAGGGACUGAGGUGCCCGGCACCCCGCCUCCCAGAUACAACACCUUGCGUUUGGAGAGGGCCUUCUCCGACCAGCUCACGGACACCCAGAUGCCAGCAGAAUCUUGAGGCGGGAAGAGGAAGAGAGGUGUAGCUAGGACCCCCAGCCAUGGUCUGAGAACUCAGACCCUGUCUCCUGCACACAGAGGGGACCCUUGGCACCCCCUCGGUCUGGGCUUUUCAGAGACAUUGACUAAAAAUCUGCUUUGAACAACAACACGGGGCCUGGAUGCGUGCAGGGGACCCCUUGGGCUCUGCCCAGCAACCCUCAGCCAUCCAGGGUGAGAAAGGUCCGGCAGCCCAAACCCCUCACACAUCUGCUACGGAAAGAGAUGGAGGCCGAAGAAAUGGCACCCGCCCAGAUGAAGGCCGAAAGUGAAGGCUGACGGAACUUUCACCAGGUCUUGAGAGAGAAAGACUCCUCCGAAGCCCUAAGCCCAGGGUUUCACCCACUUCCCCAGCCUGGGCUGGGGCCCAAGGACAUGCCUUUAGGUGUCAAGGCCGGACAAGACUGCCUAGUGACAAAGCCAGGAGGAAGCACCAGCCCUGGAGCUGGUGCUGUCUGUGAAUAAACUGUUCUUAGUCGUUGACAUUGGGGCAAGGUCUUCUCUGUGCCCUCAGGCAGGGAGCUGGGCCGAGGUCCUAGGAGUGUGUAGUGGGGAGAGUGCAACAGGGUGGGGGGGGGUGUCUGGGGAUGUGGCCAGAGGCAGGGGUGGGGCCAUGUUCUGGGCAGCCAAGCUAACGCCCCGGGGCCCUUACCCAAGAACAGAAGGGCCCCUUCAAGGGCCUUGCUGGAUGGACACCCAGUGGCCCAAGGUAUAAAGGAUCAUCUGAUAACUUACCUCAGCUUCUCUCCCUCCCAGGCAAAACACCCCCCCACCCCCCACCACGGCCUGCCCCUCCCCAGCAAGAUGCUCACACCUUUCAACGUGAUAAUACCUAACAUGUAUUAAGCAUACAGUAGGUGUCCAAUGUUAGCUCUGCAACAGUGUGCUGGGUGCUGUUCUAAGCACUUAGAGAGGAGCAACUAUAACCCGCAGGCCAAAUCCUGUUUGUGCUCAUGACCUAGGAAGGUUUUCUGUUUCAAUUUUAGAGGGUUAAAAAUAUCAGAAAAGACUGUUCUGUGACUCAUGAAAAUGAUAGAAGAUUCCUUUUUCAGUGUCCAUAAAUAAAGUUUUAUUGGAACACA